ACGUCUAAGAGCUCAGUCCCUGGAAUGGUAUUACAAUAAUGUGAAAAGUCGCUUCAAGCGUUUUGGAAGUGCUAAAGUUCUGAAGAAUUUAUAUAGAAAACAUCGUUUGGAAACUGGAACUUGCUGUGACAUACUAGAAGCAGGACAUUUUUAUGAAGGAACCACAGUAAAUGAAGAAAACAAAUGUAACAGUGAUUCGGUUUUCUACAAAAACACAGAGGGACGUAGCAUGUUAAGAACUGUUGCUGUAGCCUUGCAUGUUGCAGAAGAAGUAAUAGAAGAAGCUAUUUCCAAGGCAGGGAUAUACAGUGACAGCUUGGACAAACAGUAUGAAGCUUGUUAUUUGCAAGAUCAUAAAGAAGAACUGAUAGAAGAGCUUGCUACCACUAUUGUCCAGAAGAUUAUAAGGAAGCCGAUAGUCAAAACUGAGCAAGUGGAACCUGGCUUUGAAAGGUCACAGUUCGUGAGCAACAGAAAUGUGACAUCUGCUUUGUCCCCAAAACAGAACAUGCUGACUUUUCAAAGGAGCCAUAGGAAGUCAUAUGCAUUAUGGAGAUCCCAGUCUGCAUUUUCACUGACUAAUGAAGCUACAGCCCAAGACCCAAUUCUCACAUCAUCAGUGUUUGAAUCUACCUUGAGAGAACCAAAAGGCCAAAUCAAGAAACAAAAGCACAGGCUGUCUACAUUUCCCAGUUGGAAGAGUGUGGACCAAUUAAAUGAACCAAAUAAAGAUUUUCCUCCUGUUUUGCAAAGUACAGAUGGAAAUUGGGUAGCCUUGAAAAAUACCAUUUUGCCUUGUCCUCGAUUGCUUGCUAAACCUAAGAGCCAAGUGUUCAAAGCUUUGGAGGAAGAAUCCAAUGUUGUAUCUGCUUAUGAUGAGAUGGGCUCAGAUAGCGAAGAUAAUGGUGACUGGAAUGUGACUUUGAACAAGCUACAGCAGAGGCCUCAGGAGCUUUCAAAUUACGUUGAAGCUCAGCACAAUGCUGAAUGGAGUUAUGGCAAUGAAUUAUACCAGUCUAUGACUUCUCUGUCAUCUAAGGGGUUUACCAUUGAGACAGAAUACUGUGAUUCAGAAAUAUCACCUGUCGAUCCUUUAAGGAAGACUAUAGCAUCUAGCCUCUUAGGAAUGAAUAAAGAAAUUUGUAACAAUAAAUACAGAGAGGAAAAAGCAGAGAUGAAUGAAGAAUUGGAUGUGAAUUUUAAUCCACAGGUUAUCAGUUUAAACUGUUCAGAUGGUAGUGAAAAUGAAAUCUAUCAUGACUUUGAAAAGACAUCAAGAACAUGGGGGAAAAGUAAUGUUCUCUCUGAAGAUUUAUGCAAAAGCAAAAAUUACACAAAACUACAUAACAACUUGGGUACAUAUCAGGUAUUUGAUGAUUUAUCAAAAUUUGACAUCAGCUGUGUCGAUCAACAUCAACAAAGUAAAGUACUCUCUGUGGAAGCAAGGUUGAAGGCAAGGUUAUCUGAAUUAUCAAUAAAAAUGAAAAAGAGUAGAGAAACUUCAGAGGAAGAGACAUCAGAGUCAAGAACAGCAAAUGAGAACCAGAAAUCUGGCUUAGCUUUAGAAAGCAAUAGCAAAUGUCUCCAAGAAGAAUUUAAAAAGAAAUGUCCUGCAGCCUCUCUCUGCAACAUAUCUACUGAAGUCCUAAAAGUAAUCAAUGCAACAGAAGAAUUCAUUGCAGAAUCCACAAAACUAUAUGAUUUCCCAGCAGAAACAUAUGAAAGAAGGAACAGAGAAUUCCCAUUAGGCACAAACCUUAUCCAGCUUGAUGGGCAGCUCACAGCAUUGGAAGAAAAUGUCUAUCUGGCAGCUGGCAGUGUGUAUGGCCUGGAGAGUCAGCUAAAUGAACUUGAGGAUGCAGCUCAUAAAAUUAACACCAUUACUGCAGAAGCCGAACUAGCUGAUCUAGAGGACCAAGUGGCAACAGCUGCAGCACAAGUUCAUCAUGCAGAGCUUCAGAUUUCAGAUAUUGAGAGCAGAAUUUCAGCCCUUUCAAUAGCAGGCUUGAAUGUGGCUCCAUAUGCUCAUUUGACAAGAAGACGUGAUCACCAGACAAGCCAGGUGAAAACAUGGAUGCAUCUCCAGUUUCUUCUAUUAGAACAUUUAACAGGAAUUUCAUACUUCAAGGAUCUCUGACACAAAGAACAAAAAAAGAAAAAAAGAUCAUUGCCAAGGAUUUGAUGGAACCAACUAUAGGCUCUUCUGUAAUGUAUUAGAAUUACAAAAUUUUACUGCCAAUGACACACUGCCUAGGGCUGCACACUAGAGUGCCUUUUUAUAACAGCCAUUAUAUACAUCCACUAAAAAAAUAAAUGAUUCUCAACAAUCUACAAUGCCUCAGUAAUAGGGCUUUGUUUGGAUACCUUAUUGAGAAAGAUGUUCAAGAUAUUCAAGUCUUCAAUAUUGUGGUCUGCUCAUCAAAACUCUGCCUUAAAGUUCUAAAGAGACUCCAGGAAUUACACCAAGUUUCAAGGCUUCAUGUUUUAAGAUGCACUUUUAUUCACACUGUCAAUUGUACUAAAGUAUGUUACCUUCAGAUACAGCCUGCAUUUUUGUAUUAUUCUCAGUUCUUCAAUUAAUGUUAGUCAUUGCCUCAUUUGAAGGUAAAUUUGAAGGUAAAAGAAAAUAUUAAAUUAUAUUGUAUUGUGUGAUACCUAUUUCCUGGGAUCUUACUAUUCAGAUGUUCACAGUAAUGCACAACAUUAUCAGAACAAUAAGAAUUCCAGGAAUAACUGGUAAUCCUGAAAACUAUGAAGCAGGAUGGCCAGAAAGGAGAUUGAAAGCAUAAAAAGGAAAACAUUUUCCAUUUUUAUUUUCUACCUGCAUUCCAUUAUGGCAUAUUCUACUAGCCAUUAUACAAAUGCCCUAACUUCAUAUCAGUAGACAAAUGUACUUAAUUAAAUAUAGUUUCAACCAAAUUAAUUGAAAUCUCUUCCAUCCUCAAAAAAUAGUGAAGCCAGUUGCAGACCCAGUUGUAUUCCCACUUGAGGCAAAUUCUAAUUUCAACUGUUACAACUCAAAAUCUAGCAUUUUAAAAUCUAUUCCAAAGGCAGGUUUUAAAUCAAUAUAUAUUAUUCCAUCUCCAGUUAUAGAAACUUCUUCAAUUAUAAAGUAUAUGUGAUCAUUCUGUUAACAUCAAUGUUUCUAAAAGUGUAUAAUCAUGUGUCCAGAAGGUGUUAGUACCCUUUAGUGCAUAUAUACUCUUGGCUCUUUUGUUUAUAUUAAAGCUUGUAAAAAUAGAUUUAGAAGCUCAGCGUCUACAAAAAUAAUUUCAAGAAAUAGAUUGGUUAAGUAUCUUCUAUUCCCGAAAUUUAGACAAAUGAGACAUUUCAUUAAUUCCCAUGGCUAGCUGGUAUCACUAAAACUGGCCAUUCAUUUAUAUCUUAUCAGUUGCAUGAACGAAAAUCAGUUCACCAACAAAAGGGCGCCCGACAAAAGGGCACCCAACAAAACCACAGUGACAAAACCACAAGUUCUAAACCGCACCAACGAAUGAGCACUGAAGCGCGCCGACAACGGCAUGCCAACAGAAGCGUG